AUGGCAGAUGGACUUCUUUCUACUUUGAUUCAGUUUUAUGAUCCCGUGUACUACUGUUUCACUUUCCCCGACUAUCAGCUUAUGCCAACACUUGAAGAAUACUCUCAUUUGAUUGGUGUUCCUAUUUCUAGUCAAGCUCCAUUUUAUGGUUUGGAGGAAGAUCCCAAAGAUCAAGAUAUUGUAAAGGUUACUCACUUGAAAAUGUCAGAGAUCAGGGAUCACAUGACCACAAAAGGAAAAAUGCAUGGUUUGAUAGUUAAGUUUCUAAUGAACAAAGCUCAGUAUUUUGCUAGAAUGAGGAGUGUUGAUGCGUUUGAGGCUGUUUUUGCUCUACUUAUCUAUGGAUUGUUCCUCUUUCCUAGUUUUGAUGACUUAGUUGCCAUGGAUGCCAUCAAGAUCUUCUUAAUAGGAAAUCUAGUUCCUACUUUGCUUGUUGAUGCCUAUCAUUCUUUUCAUAUGAGGAAUUCUUAUAGCGGGGGAAUGAUUACAUGUUGCGUGCCUAUGUUGUACAAGUGGUUUAUUUCUUACUUGCCUAGGUCUCAUGCUUUUUGGGAUCUUAAGGAUGGUACUUUAUGGUCACAGAAGAUUAUGUCACUCGCACAUUCAGAUAUUGUUUGGUAUAGUCGUGACUAUGAUGGAGUUAGUAUCAUUGAUAGUUGUGGAGGAUUUCCUAACGUACCUGUGAUACGGUGA